CCUGCUGAUGGUGGUUGAGGCCAUCAGGGGUGAUCAGUGCCCUCAGAGCCCUUACAGGGCCUUUCAAAGAGAGCAGAGCUUUUUGUGGAGCUCUCCAGAGCAUGUCAACACGGAACCUCAGCAGUGAAAGGGAGACACAUCCCAGGUCCUGACACUCUGAGGUCUCCCAGGAGGAAUUCUCUGUGGCUUCUAUUCUUUCCCUGCCCCAUCCUUGCAAGACAGAGGGAACCCCAAGACCAGACACAAGCAGGUGGAAGGGGCCUCAGAGGAGAACUCUUGUGCCUUGUCACCCUGUGUACCCGCCCAAAGCAGCAGAGAGGUUGCCAUGGCUUUUUCCAGCUACACUGCUGUGUUCAGAUCACUGGUUUUGGUGCUUGUUCUAGCACUCACUGUAAGUUCCAGAAAGGCCAGUGCCUCUGUGAGGCUGAGUGAAGAUUGCCUGAACCAAAAGGAUCUCAAAUUCCCCACAGCAGUGGAAGUCAACAUUCGUAUCAGCAAGUCACAUCAUGCCUUUAGGAUGGUCCAUGAUAUCAGGAACCGAUCUCUCGCUCCUUGGGAUUACAGGCUUGACAAGGAUCCCAACCGCUUCCCCCAGGUGAUUGCUGAUGCCCAGUGCCGCCUCUCUGGCUGUGUGAGCCCCCUGGGGCAGGAGGACCACAGCCUCAACUCCGUCCCCAUCAAGCAGGAGAUCCUGGUCCUGCGGAGGGAGCAGCAGGGCUGCCGGCCCACCUACCGCCUGGAGAAGAAGGUCAUCACCGUGGGCUGCACCUGCGUCACUCCAGUCAUCCACCACCACUCCUAGGAGGAAUUAUUAGGGCAGGCCACGCUGGGAAGAAGCAAUAAAUCCUAUAGACACCCCUCUGGUGAAAUCCCACAGUCGCCCACUGCGAAUCCCAGGAAUUCAACACGACAUUGCCCUUCCAAGUCUGAACAAAUUACCUCUUGAA